UCUCUUCUCAUCUAUCUCGCCGUUCCUGUAGGAUAUAUCUCAGUCUCCACUGUCACAUUUACCUCUUAGAUUCACAUUUCCUUCUUCCUUUUUGCAUUUCUCUAUCUUCACUGCAACACACUAACCUUCAGGAGAUUGACGUUGGCACGACAGUCCACGCAGAAACAGAAACAGUGGUGGGAUCAUCUUCAUCAUCAUCUUCGCUCCAAAAACCUUCAUUGGGCAGGUCUCAUGGAGAGUAAUGGGAACUCGGUGAAGGAUGCUGAGAAACAAAUCACCCGUGUUUUGUUUUGUGGACCCCGUUUCCCUGCUUCUCAUGAAUAUACAAUUGAGUAUUUGCAAAAUCAUUCACAUAUCAAGGUUGAUGUUCUCCCUUUAGAAGAUGUGCCAAAGGAUAUUGCCAACUAUCAUGUCUGCAUAGUAAAAAACAUGAGGCUAGAUUCAGAAAUAAUUUCUCGUGCAGUUCAGAUGCAGCUUAUAAUGCAGUAUGGUGUUGGGCUGGAAGGUGUUGAUAUUGAUGCUGCAACAAAGCAUGGAAUCAAAGUUGCUAGGAUACCAGGUGAUGUUUCGGGAAAUUCAGCUUCAUGUGCUGAAAUGGCCAUAUAUCUAAUGCUGGGUCUCCUCCGUAAGCAAAAUGAACUGCAAGUUUCCAUACAACAAAAGAAGCUUGGAGAGCCAAUUACCGAAACUUUACUUGGGAAAACUAUAUUCAUUUUGGGCUUUGGGAACAUUGGAAUGGAUUUAGCAAAGCGAUUGCAACCCUUUGGUGUAAAAGUUAUUGCUACAAAGCGGAGCUGGGCUUCAUAUGCACAACAUGCUAGCAAAUUAAGCAGAAAUGAUGCUGAAGAUCUUGUUGAUGUGAAGGGUAGUCAUGAAGAUAUAUAUGAGUUUGCAAGGAAGGCUGACAUUGUUGUUUGCUGCCUAACAUUAAACAGAGAAACGGUUGGUAUAAUAAACAAUAAGUUUAUAUCUUCUAUGAAAAAGGGUGGCCUUCUGGUGAAUGUUGCUAGAGGUGGUCUUGUAGACUAUGAGGCUGUGAUCAACCACCUUGAAUCAGGUCAUUUAGGAGGGUUAGGCACUGAUGUUGCUUGGACUGAGCCAUUUAACCCUGAUGAUCAGAUAUUUAAAUUUAAGAAUGUUAUCAUGACUCCUCAUGUUGCAGGCGUUACAGAGCAUUCUUAUAGAUCCAUGGCUAAGGCUGUUGGUGAUGUCGUUCUUCAACUUCAUGCCGGGCUUCCUUUGACAGGGAUAGAGUUAGUUAACUGAAUUAGUGCCAACAAUUCAUUCCAGUAUCUUCAACUAAAUGACUUUUAUAAUUCAAGAUGAAUUUUCUGAGGUGCAAAAACACUUAAUAUUUUGUAAAGAAAAUUUAGAUGAGGCAAUGCUUAUGUGUUGCCCAUUUGUUAUUCUAUGGUUGUGGUGAACCAAUUGUUCUUUAGUAGCGGGUUGUGUUACAGUAUGCGAUUUUAUGAAUUUUCUAGUUCUAUUUUGCCACUAUUUAUAUACACGGACAAAUAUAUAUGUGUAGGCUGCCAUA